UCCACCCGACCAAAAACAAUUGUAAAAGGGUCUGGUCUAAGUGGUGCGUGUGUUAUUUUGGUGGUGGUGCUCUCUGGCUUGGGAAGGCACACCGGAAAACAGGAUAACAGCAAGAUUCACUGGUUAGAGCAAGCGAGAGAGAGAAAAAAAAAUAUAUAUAUAUAUAUAUGAGUGCAAGAGCAUGCAAGGAGUGAGUGAAGAGAGGCAAAUAGAGAAGAGAGAGCGCAAGAAAGGAGUAAGUGAAGAGGAGUAAGUGAAGAGGCAAACGGAGAAGAGGGAGAUGGACAAGAGCAAGUGGAGUGAGCUGCAAGAGACCGGGAGAGAGAACGCCAAAUAAUAGGGAUAAAACUGAGUCGGUGAACGCCAAAUAAUAGGGAUGAAACUGAGUUGGUGAAGAGACAGAAGCGAAAGAGAGGCCGAUAGAGAGCGAGACGGCAUGCAAAAGAAGAAAAAUAAAUGGAAAUGUGAGUGAAUGAGACCUGGGGAGGAUGCAUCUUAAGAAUGAGAGUACUCGCCUGCCUUUUUUCAGUGCUUCUCUAAACUGCAUUCAGAGAGUCUGGACGGUAGAGGGAAUACAGGAGAGGAUACACAUGAUACUCCUUUUCUAGUUUUACUCCAAGGAAAUUGAUUAUUAGGCUGUUCAUUUAAACAGUGUUUUACAACAAGCCAAGGAAUUUGGAGAAAGCGGUAUGGUGCGCAAGAGAGGCCAUGGCUGUGAUACCAGGGACUAGAGCAAGGGGGCGCUGAAUAGCACUCAUCUUAAUGGACUACUGACAGCGGCUGGAUCAGAAAUUCUCGAGACCUCGGCCCAUAGAGCAAGUCAUCAGGACGAGUAAUGACACAAGAAGAUGCCAUAGUGCUUUUGCAUCCAAACCGUCUACUUGGAAGAACUGGUGUAACAUUAUACCUCCACUUGUCAGCUCAAACUGACAUACCUCAUGGAACACAGUACUUAGAUGGAGCCACAUGCCAGAUGUCUCUGAUCACGAGUGCAGGCAGAGAUUCUGCUCUUUCUAGUCUCAUUGGAGAGGACAGACAGCAGGACUGGAUAGGUGAUGCCAUUGCUCAUGAGGACCACUGAGGAACUGCCCUGAUCUCUGUCACACAAUAACAAGGUAGAGUUACAACCUCGACCAAGUCCUGAUUCUGUAUACUCCCUAUCACUCUGGACAAAACAGUUCAAAGGUCUCUCCACCUACACUGCUGCACUCCACGCAGCAUCCUGCAAGACAUCCGUUCCCUCUCCCUCUAUCAGCCUCCCUGGAUAGAGGGUGCCCCUCGGCUGCUUUUAUGAGCCAGUUGUUGGUGGGACAGAAGAUCAUGUCUGAGAACCUUCGGCUCCCCUCCUUCCAGGUGCAAGCCCCCGGCGACUGGGAGACCCAGGAUGGCGACCCAGGAUUGGGAGCCUCCGCAUCGGGAGACGAAGUUGAGGUACCCGCCGGGGAUGGUGACCCUUCCGCCCUCUCCAGUUCCGCCACUCCGUCCCUCCGCCGCAAGCGCUUCAAGAUGCGACGCAUGAAGAACGUGCAGAGCGAGAGCAGUGUGACCCCGGCUGUGUCUGUGGCGGCUGCCACGAGAUCAGAGGUCAUGAGUAAGGGCCAUGGGUCACGCUCCUUCUCAGGGGCCAUGGAGUACCUUCAGCUGCCGUCCAUCGAGAUAACGCCAAUCAGCGACGAGGACGCGGCAGCCACCUGGUCCAACUGCUCCACACCCAGCGCUUCGCCGCGACGCAAACGCUUCCUGCUACGGCGUUGGCUGAACGUGCGAGAGAGGAAGGAGCACAGCAGUGAGAGCAGCAGAGAGAGCAGCAUACAUAGCAGCCAUGAGGAUGACGCUGCUCACUUCUUGACCCCUCAUCGCCGGGAGGAGAGCACUGCCAGCAAUUCGAACCGGAGCACGCCUGCUUGCUCGCCCAUCCUGCGCCAUCGCUCUCGCUCGCCCACACCCCAGCAGAGCUUGGAGCACAGUGGUGAGAACAUGGUGGAGAAGGGCCACUUGGACCCCGCCUCUGACAAGGACAAGUCCCCCUCCACCCCAGAGCAGGUGGUGCAGCGCACCUACAGCCAGUCGGUACACACCGCCACACGCAGCAGUGGAGGCAAGAACUCCAAGAAAAGCCAGAGCUGGUACAAUGUAUUGAGUCCUACGUAUAAGCAACGCAAUGAGGACUUCAGAAAACUCUUCAAGCAGCUACCCGACUCAGAACGCCUCAUCGUGGACUACUCCUGUGCCCUGCAAAGAGAUAUCCUGCUGCAGGGGCGCCUCUACGUCUCAGAAAACUGGAUUUGUUUCUAUAGCAACAUCUUCCGCUGGGAAACGCUGCUGACAGUCCGGCUGAAGGAUAUCUGCAGCAUGACAAAGGAGAAGACGGCCCGCCUCAUUCCCAACGCCAUCCAGCUGUGCACUGACAAUGACAAGCACUUUUUCACCUCGUUCGGCGCAAGGGAUCGGACAUACAUGAUGAUGUUCAGACUAUGGCAGAAUGCUCUGCUAGAAAAGCCUUUGUGUCCCAAAGAGUUGUGGCACUUUGUCCAUCAGUGUUAUGGCAAUGAGCUGGGUCUGACCAGCGACGAUGAGGACUACGUGCCGCCAGACGAUGACUUCAACACCAUGGGGUAUUGCGAGGAGCUGCCCGUGGAGGAGAACGACACCAAUGACGCCACCACGCUCGCCAAGAUGCCAGACGUCAAGGGCGACACCAGCCCCCUGUUGUCCCGCAGAGUCUUCCCCGACAACGUCCUGCCCUGCCCGGGCAUCAUCGACCCUCUCCUUCCCUUUGAUUUGGCCGCCGUGGACGAUUUCCCCCUGUGUCUUCCUGAUGGCGAACUCCUGACCCUCCAGUUGCCGGGGUUGGACAACCGGAGCAGUGGUCACAGCAGUCCCGCCCCCUCGCCCUCGCUGGACUUCAACGACAAUGAGGACCUCCCUACUGAGCUCAGCGACUCCUCUGAGACGCACGACGAAGCAGGGGAGGUGCAGGCCUUUCAUGAAGACCUGAACGGGAAGCAGUACAUGAACGAGGUGUACGAGUUCAGCGUUGACAAGAUGUACGACAUCCUCUUCACCGAGUCCACCUUUAUGAGGGACUUCCUAGAGCAGAGACGCUUUUCAGACAUAGUCUAUCACCCUUGGAAGAAAGAGAAAGACGAGGCAGGCAACCAGACCAGAGAGAUCAUGUACACCGUCUCCCUCACCAACCCCUUGGCCCCCAAGACCGCCACCGUCACUGAGACUCAGACGCUGUACAAGGCCAGCCAGGAGAGCGAGUGCUACAUCAUAGAUGCCGAGGUGAUAGCACACGACGUCCCCUACCAUGACUACUUCUACACUCUAAACCGCUACGUGCUCACCAGGGUGGCCAGGAAGAAGUGUCGGCUAAGGGUAUCCACAGAGUUGCGCUACAAGAAACAGCCGUGGGGGCUGGUCAAGGGCUUCAUCGAGAGGAACUUCUGGAGCGGCCUGGACGAGUACUUCAGACACUUAGAGCUGGAGCUGAGUAAAGUGGAGGUGGUCCUGGUUGAGCCCCACAGACAGUCCCCCAAGGCCAGGGCUCUACGGGCAGGGGCGUUGAGGCGGCGGAAGCGGCCCUUGGUCCACCUGCGGCCCCCCCACAUGGACGAGGCCCUCAGCCCCGUCACCACCCCCGAGGACGAGGAGGAGGUCACCUACCACCAUCGCAUCAAACAAGUGGCAGUCGCCUGUCUUCCUGCAGGUUCCACUCAGACCAGACACAUCCCGGACCAUGUCCCAGGGGGCCUAGCGCUCUACAGCGUCUCCAAGCUACUCCUCAUCAUCAGCUUUGUUCUAGUAUUGCUGGUGUUUCUGAACAUGAUGCUGUUCUAUAAGCUGUGGAUGCUGGAGUACACCACACAGAGUCUCACCUCAUGGCAUGGCAUACAACCACAAGAAAGUAAACUGCCCCAGACCCAGCUGGAGUGGGCCCAGCUCCUGGAGUCGCAGCAGCGCUACCAUGACGACGAGCUGCAGAAGUGGAAGGAGAUCAUCAAGUCGUCUGUGAUGUUGCUGGAUGAGAUGAAGGACUCGUUACUAAACCUGCAGAAGGGAAUGGGUUUAAAGGACUUUAACUCGGAAUCGGAGGAAAAGGGGAGUCGAUAUCACUGAGAAACAAUCCACAAGGCCACCAGCCGGGACAUUAUGUGCAAUAUCUAACCAACCAUUCAUGGGAACUCUUGGGCAAAGAACAGAAGGAUGUUCUAUUGCAAGGUGGACAGGACCACUCACCCACUGCCCAACUUCUGGCAUGAAGUGACCGAAUCACCAUCAGGGCCUCUGUGGGAUGGCAGCCAUCGUUGCAUCAUGUGAAAAGACAGCAGUGAUGGUCCUUGUUAUCCCGGGAUCCUUGGGACGUCCCUACCCCAUUGAAGUUUAAGUUUGAAAUUGUUUAAGGUAAGGGUUAAGGUUAGGUGAAGUUUAUUGCGACGGUUAGCGUUAGGGGUUAAUGUUAGGGAUUAGGGUGGGAACGUCCCAAGGAUCCCGGAUAGCACUAACUGUGCCGUGACUCACCUUGGCCUGAACUCUGAACUUUUUAUCACCUUGUUUUCCGAGAAUGUCGUACUGUAACGUUUUUAGUUUUUGGGGGCCACGUACGGACAUAGAAGGGAUGGCGUGGGGGGCUGGUGAAAGCAUGCAGUUUCUUGUCUCCGUCUGAAGAAAAAAUAAAUGCUUUCCUGGUGGAGAUGUGUAUUGAAACCUCUGCGUACUCUGUCUCAGAGUAAGGGGUUAGUCCAUAGCCUUUUUAGGAACUCUUAGGCAAAGUUGUGGAGCUGCAGUAUCCUUUUUUUUUAACAGACCUUUGGACUCUGGGAACAGGUUACGACCGUACCAGAAACAUAAUCAGCAUGCAGUGUUUCAAUAAAAUCCAUAAUUUCUAGGAUAGAACCACAAAGAAUCAAAGUAUAUUAUAAAUGAAAAUAUAAUUACGUAUUUAUUUUUUUGUAGAAUUCAAUUGCAGUCAGGGCACACUUUUACCAGGCUUCCGUGGUGUAUCGGGGCAGGUUUCCCUGAGAGCUUGUGCCAUGGCUUUGUGUUUCUAUGUUUAUGUGUUUGUCGUUUUCUAAGGCAUGUUCUCUACUGUGUGUAGAGUAGCCCUACCCCUUUUGAUUUGAUUUGUGGACCGGGGAGCUAGCUAUAGCUGUUAGCAGCAGUGAGAAUGUAUUGGUUAACUGGUUGUUACCAUAUAUGGAUGAGAAAGCAGUCUGCUUUUGCAGAGGUACACAGUAUGUUCUGAUGAUGCAACCCUCUUCCAUAAACAGGGCAUUCUUUGCCCUAGCCAACGCCAAACGUUAUCUCAACGUUGUGCUUAGGUUUUAUCCAAACAUGUCUCCAACCUUAUCCUUCAGGAUGAUUUGUUUUAGGUUAUGGAUACACCUAUUCAAUGUUGCCAAGAUUUAUGUGUUAACUUUUAUGCUAACAUGUAUGUUUUUUCAAUUUGGGCAGUAUUCUUGUCAUCUUUUAUUUGGCCACUUUGUGUUGUAUCAAUUCAUCUGUGGCUGUCCUGUCCUUGGCUUGAAUAGAAUGUACUCAGAGUGUACUGUAUAGGCCUUGGUAUGUUCCCUAAGUGAUUUUACACAUGCAAUGGAGCUUGAAUGUGUCUCUACCUGCGCUACAUAGAUCAUUCAUGUUUUCCCCCCAGUAUUUGUUACCAGCCUAAAUAAUGUCAGACAGACAGAGAGCAUAAGGAUCAGUGUUAUGAUAAUGUGGAUGUUAUACUCUGUCACUCUAUGAACUUUAAAGUGUUCAGCUUUUAACCAGAGAGGGAGUAGACAGUAUUUUAGGGAGGGUAUUUUUUUCGUAGAGAUGUUUACAAAGGGAUACUGCAGCCGAACUGAAGAACGGCGAUUACAACGAUGUAUUUGAUGAUUAAAACUGUGAAAUUCCUCAUUGAAAAAUAUGCUUGAAGCUGGAAAAAAAGAAUAGUGUAUAUUGUACAGUUCAGAUAUUUAUUGAUUUAUUUAUGUACAGUGUAUAUGAAAAAUGUAAAACAAACGUUUGGGGAAAUUAUCAGUAUUCACCCUUUGCAGACCUGUAUUCAAAUACCAUUCAAAAUCAUUACAAAUAUUUCAGCUUUGCUUGUUUGAGCUUGCCUGGCUUUAUGGACCAAUGGAAAAGUCCUAAAACUGCAAACCCCAACCAUUUGGUAUUCUAGGCAGGCUAAUGCAAACACUCAAAGUAUUUGAAAAAUUUCAAAAUGUAUUUGAACUCGGGUCUGACCUUCUGUAGUCCUUUGUGUCGUCCCAAAAAUGUCUGCCAUGGGCUAUAUUCUGGCAUAUUGGAUGUGUCAAGUUGAUGCGAUCAACCAUUCCCACUUUGUUUGUGUCUGUCGAUUUUGUCUAAUGAUUUCUACUGUGGCCGAAACUGUCUGUUUAGUAUCUCCCCCAUCUGUCUAUGGAAGCAUAUAGCUAUCAAAAUAAAUUUUAUUUUCAAAAUGAAUUUUGACAGCUAUAUACGUCCAUAUUUGCCUGCCACCCAUGUAUUUAUCAUUGACUCUCUAGGAUUCUUAUGAUGACUUUGGAAACAAACAAAGCCUUGUUCAAAAGUUGAUUCAGCCACUAACUGGUGUGUUUGAGGGAUUGGGAUGCAGGCAUACAGUUCACGGUGUGCAGAAAUAACAUUUGAGCCAAAAGAAUGUCAGAAUUGAACAAUGUUAUGCAUUGGGAUACAAUGCUUUAGACAUGAGUUGUAUUCAGUAGGAAGCAAACGAGCCAAAACAGGGAGAGACCUACCUGAAUUUGUCAAAUAAGAAACUCAUUUUUGUUUUCAGUUGCAAAACAUUUUGCUGUGGUGUGCACUAAUGAAUAGGACCCUGGACUCAUUAGCAUUGCACAGAGAGGGGAUGGGUACAACUCACGUACAUUCCAAAAAGAGGAGGGUUUCAUCUGAAAGAAGAAAAAAAACAAUAUGGAUUGAUACAGUCGGUAGCAUUUCAUACACAUUUUUGAUUGCAAGUAAUUUACGUUAUUGCAGAAUGAUUAUACCAGACUCCCUUGCGCUAUGACAUGGUUUAAUGUUACUAAAAUGGCCAUUUGACCUAGUUCAUGUCAAAUUGCCCAAUUUGAACAAUGACAACGUGACAAUUCAGGGCAGAUUUAUUCUUGAGAGAAAGGGCCCAUGAUGAGAUUACAAUGACCUGUACUGUACUUUACAUUGUUUGCCUGUAUCUCACCAUGGCAAUCAUUUCUGUUGACAUUGUGGCCCUUAGAAGAGGAGUAGAAAGCGGUCAACCAAUGUGGGACGAUGUGCAACUAAAAGAGUAUUUGGGAGGAAUAGCAAGGUAUUCUGAGGUAAUAGUAAUCUCUUCCAAAUGACUUGGUAACCCUUAAAGAAAACACUAUUAAUCUUAUGCAAUACAUAUAUUUAAUGAAUUGACUAACAUUUUGACAGCAAGCUGCCUUCGUUAGGGUUUCUGAAAAACUUAAGAGACCCUUGUGGACCCCUGGAUAGUGAAUGCAUGCUUGCUUCCUGUCCCAUUUGAUUUCAUUCACAAUCUGAUGUGUUCUAUGCAUGGGUGCUUUAUAUUGCAGGAAUGCCUCAAAUGGCCCAGAAAAAUGUACUCUGUUCAAACUACAUGAAUCUAAUAUAUUGGUAGUUGAAAGCUUGAAGAGUGUUUUUCAAUAGAAUGGUCAGCAAGCAUGUUUGAGUGUCUGAGAAAACAAACAAAAUAUAUUGCACCCAAAGAGUAGUGUUCUUCAAAAACCUGAAACUGAAAGCUUUACUCAUUUGAAUGCUCACAAAGUCACAGACCUGUUCAUGGUUGCCUAAUUGUAGAACAUUCUAAAUCAAUUCUUAACAAUUUGCAGAAUAUAGAGAAUGUGUUAUACUGAGUAUGAAACAUAAAUAGCUAAUUGAAAGGAUGUAUUUUAGAGCUUGUGUUUGUGGUUGUUUCCUGACGACUCAAACUGAAUUAUUGCACUGCUCUGUGUUCGCUACAUGCUUCAGUCUGAGACUUCCAUCGUUGAAGUCGUUUGUGGUUACGUCAAAAUGAGGGGUGUUGUACCAAACAGUAAUCAGCGAUCGGAUCAUGUCUAACCAAUCAGAUUAUUUUCAAAACGCUGCUUUACCCUUGUGUGUUCUGGCUCUGGCCCAACCUGUCCGUUUCUGGGACCAAUCAGAACAUUUAGAAUGUGUUUGCAUUCUAGAAAUCGUCAGGGAGAUAUUCAGAUCCAGACUCAUUGCGGGGAUGAAACUAUCGUCCGUAGGAGUGGCGUAACGUUUGGCCGGAGCAAGGUGUUUGUGUAGCCAGGCAAAGAAGCCUGACCUCCAAUUCUUUCAAACGCUUCACUUCAUUACACACAAACACCUCAGACAGGUGCAAUUUCUUCAGAACUUUUUCCAUCUCAAACACUGUGCUAUUAUAUCCUCUGUAUCAAUACCAGAUGGUUUUUUUAAUACUUUCUGAUCUCCGAUAUAUGACUAAAAUAUUCUGCUGAGGGGAGGACGGCUCAUAAUUAUUGCUGGAACGGAGCAAAUGGAAUGGCAUCAAACACAUGGAAACCAUGUAUGAUACCAUUCCAUCGAUUUCGCUCCAGCCAUUACCGCGAGCCUGUCCUCUCUAAGGUCCCACCAACCUGUGUUAGAAAUACAAUAUAUUAUCUGUAUAUGUUGUGUAUAGUUUGUGUACACAGACUAGUGAAACCCUUCUGCGCUGGCCGUGGUUUUGGGAAAAACUUUGAAAGAAAAAAAGAUUCUAUCGGUUUGUGGAGGAGAGAUGGAGGGAAUGAAAUAAAGUAAUAAAAAUAUGUAUUUUCUGUCUGACUCAUCCCAGCAGCUGUCUGUUUCUGUCCAUACCAAUGAACUGUGAUAUUUUUUCAAUGGGGGAUUCUUCAGUACCCGCUUGAGCAAUGUUCACAUUGCUUCCAAUUGUGUCAGUGCUAUAUUUGGUCAUUCAUUCAAUUAAUUUAUUGUCACUAUUUUCAUUCAUGUCAUUUAAUCUAAUAAUGAUGCUGCCAUGUUACUAAGACAUUUGUAAAUGAGACAUGCAUUUUAUAGCCCUAUUAAAUAAGUGAGAGGAGGCAUUUUGAAUGUCAGCUGUUAAUCAUUGUU